UUCAAAGUUGUUGGUAUGGCUGUCAUAUUGUCAUCAUGGUCUGAAAACCACGGUGAUCCUUCAGAGAACAAGGACUCGCUCACACAGUUUAAGGGAGCUACUGUUGCCAUAGCUUCUGAGGAGGAAACUGCGUUGCUGGGUGCAAUUCAGUCGUUGUUUGAAGGCUCAAUAUAUACUUUUGUGUUCCUCUGGACUCCUGCUCUAAACCCUAAUGAUGAGAAGAUCCCCCAUGGUUUCAUCUUUGCAACUUUCAUGUCGACUUCAAUGUUGGGAAGCCCUAUUGCUCCUCGACUGCUGGCCCGCACAUCACUCAAAGCUGAAAGUUACAUGCAGAUUGUUUUUUUUGGUUGUGUCCAGUUUCUUGGUUUCUGUGCAUUCGAGGCUUGUGUGGUGAUCUUCUGGCCGUCUAUCAUGAACUUCUUCCUCAUUCCCUUCAAUAUCUUUGUGUGCAUCGUGCCAUAUAAUGUUAAUGCUUUCCCCAUCAUUGUCAUGUUAUGCAUGUGCUCGAUUUUCCUCUUUGUGGCAUUUAUCUUGCAAGGGCGGCUCAUGGUGAUUGCUGACGAGUCAAGGACAGAAGAUUGGGCAUCAAUGAAGGAUAAAAAUAUGGAGGCAGAGCCAUUGAACAUCUGAGUGAUAUGCCCAGAUGACAGACCACAGAGA